AUGGCGCGUUCCAAGAAAGGCGCGAGUAAGCACGACGAGAAAUCCAAUGCAGAACAACACGAACGCCUCCUCGACGAGCCGACAUACCAUGACAUGGACACCCCUGUGUCGGCAGAUGCAGGUUUUGUGACCCGCAAGGUGAAACGGAAUGGAGCAUGGUGCUCGUUCGUGUGGUUGGGGUUGAUCGCCGUGGGGGUUGUGGCGAUCGUUGCAAUCCUGAAGGUCUCCAAGCAAGGCGACGAAUUCCCCACGGUGAAGCCGUGGCUUCCCUCGCAAUACGAAGCGAGCAUCACGUUUCGCAUGCCUUACAUGAACUUGGUGGAACCCGUGUUUGUGCACACGGACGAAGUACUCGGCGCUCAAAAGCUGAGCUUCUACGGUGGCACCCAAGAGUACAUAUUGAACGUGACCGGGCCGUCGUACCAGAUCAUCCCUGUGAUUGACUCGAUCAAGUGCUUCACGGACGGCCCUUCGUCGCUGCAACACAUUUUCCCGCGGUUGACGGCGUUUGAACCCAUGCACGGGAAGACCGUUGUGAACUCGAUUGAGUGCUUCACGUGGAAGUACGACGUGGCGAGCACCCCCGACAACAGCUCGUACAUUGGCACGUACAAAUUGUACGUGAACGCCGUCACGAACGCCCUGGUGCAGUUCCAUUUCGUCGGCCAUAACGUCGUGCUGGGCGGCAGCCAUACGGACGAGUACAUCAUCGACUACAACUACAUCCGUGAAGGUCCCGUCGCCCCGCAGACGUUCCAUUACCGCGUGGACACGUUGAAUUGCACUGGUUCGUCCGACGAGACUAUCAACGUGCCUACUUCGCUGUCUUCCCCAUGGCUUGACCUCCACAUGCGCAUGCCCGAAGGCCACGACGCGCGCAUGGAAGCGUUUGACCAGUUUGCCCUGCAGCACGGCAAGUCGUUCGAUUCUUCGUCCGAGACGAUGCAUCGUGCGUCUGUGUUUCAUGCGAACAUGCAAUACAUCAACUCGAUGAAUCGCAAGGGGCUGAGCUACUCGUUGGCCAUGAACCACUUGGGCGACCGCACCCACGACGAAAUGAAAGCGAUGUUUGGCCGCAAGUCGUUGAAACGGGCGGCCGACAACGAGGCGGGUGGUGUGUAUGAGCUCAAGCACGUGACGUUGCCUGACGAAUGGGAUUGGCGCCCCCAAGGCGGCGUCACGCCUGUGAAAGACCAGGGCAACUGCGGGUCGUGCUGGACAUUUGGCACCACGGGGGCCCUGGAAGGGCAAUGGUACCGCAAGACGAACCACACGGUCUCGUUUUCGCAGCAGAAUUUGCUCGACUGUUCAUGGGACGAAGGCAACAACGCGUGCAACGGCGGCUUGGACUACCAGGCGUACCGGUGGAUCAUCAAGCACGGCGGGUUGGAACCCGAGGCGACCUACGGCUCGUACAAGAACCUCCCUGGCUUUUGCCACUUCAACGCGUCCAACGCCCUGGCGCGAGUGACGUCGUUUGUCAACAUUUCCGGCGUCAACAAGCUCAACGAGGCACUGGUGACGGUCGGUCCGCUGUCUGUGUCGAUCGAUGCGACCCCCCCGUCGUUCUACUUUUAUGCCGGUGGGUACUACAACGAUUUGAAUUGCAAGAGCGGCAUCGACGAUCUCGAUCAUUCCGUCGUGGCCGUGGGAUACACCAAGCACCUGGGAAAGACGUACACGUUGGUGAAAAACUCGUGGAGUACGCACUGGGGCGACAACGGGUACAUCAAGAUUGCGCAAGAAGACAACAUCUGCGGCGUCGCGACGAGUCCAACGUACCCCGUGCUCGCAUAUACUGGCGUGGCUGCAAAACACAACUUGAUCCGUAUUCCACUUGUAAACUACGACCAGCUCCAGUUCUACGGCACGAUCUACGUGGGGUCGCCGCCACAGCCGUUCAAAGUGAUUUUUGACACAGGGUCGAGCGACAUCUGGGUCCCGUCGGCCUCGUGUGCCGCGUGCUCGGGCGCCCAGCGGUACCAUGCCAACGCAUCGUCCUCGUUUACCACGGACGGACAGUCGUUUACAGUGUCGUACGGCAGCGGGUCCGUUUCCGGCGCAGUGUUUGACGACGUGAUAACAAUGGGAACGGAGGACGUGGAUGGAGUCAGUGGUGGUGGCGGAAUAGCCGUGCGGUGCCGCCUGGGCCAAAUCGAAAGCGAAGACAUCAAGAUCCAACAAUUUGAGUCGGAAGGGAUCGUGGGCUUGGGGUUUGCCGCGUUGGCAUCCAUCACCACGAGCCCGUUUGUCCACGACGCUUUGGGGCUUGGAGUGUUUUCCCUGUACAUUAGCCCCUUGCCAAACGACAACGCCCCGCCCUCGCAGUUGAUUCUGGGUGGUACUACACAACCCAGAGAUCGAUCGAUUCAUGAGUUGAAUGACCAUUCGUUCGAUGCUAAAUAUGACAAAGUAGGGGUCGACCCCAACCUGGCAGGCCCGAACGCGUCCUGGCACUACUUUCCCCUGCUCGAUCCACAACAUUACGACGUCGAGGGCUUUUGGGCGAUUGAAAUGACCGGCAUGGAAGUGGCCGCCACGCGUAUCAACACUGACCUGGCACCACACGUCGCAGUGAUUGAUUCCGGCACGUCGUUGAUGUUGCUUCCCGUGGCCGUGUUCUUGGAUCUGAUGGAGCACCUUUGCCGCCACCUGGACCCCCAAGCCCCCUGUGAUACCCCCCUCAUCCACGGGAUUCAGUGCACAGACUGCACGCACGCGUUCUUCCCCCCCCUGUCGCUUCGAUUCACGGCCCACGGACCUCUGGUUACCCUCCAAGCCACCGAUUACGUUCGGUGCGAAUACUCGACUUGCUCGCCUCAAAUUGACGUGAGCUCAACCACGUUUUACGUGUUGGGCGACAUUUUCCUACGGGCAUACUACACUGUGUUCGAUGUACACCACGCACGAGUGGGCUUUGCAUGCGCUGGUCAACAUUUGUGCGAUGGAGGGGUGAAGCCACCCCUGUACAUUGAGCCUCCGGUAUCGACGCUCGAGACCAUCUCCAGGCUGUACGCCCACGGAUUUGCACUGGUCGCGACGGUGUUUGCCAUCAAGUGGAUGUGGCAAGAGAUCCGACAUGGGCAGCGCAUGUGGUCGGCCAAAGUCACAGCUCAAGUGGUGUAGGGAUAUUGAUGAAAUUCAAAGUAUUUA